AUGUUGCCUGUUCUCUACAAUACUACAAAAAACAAUAAAAAUCUUCAGCUUGUAUUCAAUGUUAUUCUACCAAAUGAAGGUGUCACAUUGGCAACUGUUCAGAAACAACUCAGUUCAAAGAGAUUGAAAAGUGUUUUAAACUCUGUUAAAGAAACAUUUAUUGAAUUAUCAUUACCAAAAUUUAAAACUCAGUCAACAUAUGAUCUGCAGAAACCACUUCGAACUGUUAAUGUAACCGAUGUUUUUGAUGUGAGUAAAGCUAAGCUAACAGGUAUUAGUCCAAGUCAACCUCUUUACGUUACGAAGGCAAUCCAUAAAGCAUUUAUCGAUGUCGACGAAAAUGGGGUGACGGCGGCAGCUGUAACUGCAAUUAUUUUUGGAUCAUCAUCAGCUUUACCCAUUGAAAAAAUAGUGUUCAAUUGUAAUCGACCAUUUUUAUAUUUAAUUCGAGAAAAAACCAGUGGACUCGUUUGGUUUGUUGGAACUUAUUAUGGAAAAUAA